CCUUUCUCAGUGCAUCACUUCGCUUUUUUAUUUAUUUAUUUCCCCAAUCCUGCCAUUCCUCCAUCUAUCAUCUUCUUUCUUCCGCAUACAACUGUUGUCCCAAUUUCAGUAACACCAAAUCCACCGAUCAUCUUGCGUUGUCGAUAUAUACAAUGCCCAUCAUAUCGACCAUCGAUGCAGAGACUCUGGUUAACCAGGGUCUCUUGAGCCCUGCGAAUUCUGAUGGAGUACGACGAAUUCACAAACGCCGUCUCAAUAGAUCAAGCGAUGAAGAGAAUCAGCAUCUGCCACUAAGCCCUGUUUCGAUGAUAUCAUCAUCCUCACAAUCGGACUCCGACAUGUACACCACCAUUCCUGAGGAGUUGGUCUCACUGGCCACGGUCAAAUAUCUAGGGUACGAUGACCAGACGGCGACCCAGGUAUGGAGUAAAUGGAUCGUUAAAGCGCCUGGAAACCCUGUCCCAGAGUCUGUUUCUUUUGACCAAUUCGACUUGAGAUUCAUCGAUCACGUCGUCGCUUACUCUUACGCCCUUCGUGGUGAAUUGGACACCGAUACUGAUGAUGAUACGCAAUGGAUUCAAGUCAUGAAUCGUUGUGGAAUCAAUGAGGAUACCCAAACCGCCAUCAUGGAUCCUGUUUUCAGACAGGUUCGGUUGACUGAGACUUGCCAAUUCUGGAUCCGAAAUACGGUUGAACUACGAUAUGAGGCCCUUCAAGAAGUACAAGCAGCCUCUCGAGAAAGAGAGCAAUUGAUCCAGAGAGCCGCUGUGCGCCCGGGAGGUUCUGGUUCUCAAGGUUUAUCCAGGGGGGGAGCUAAUAAUCGUUCCAUCUCCGAAACUCUUCGAAUGACUCCAGGAUUCUCUCAAGAUACUGCAAUGUCUGCAGCCGCCUUACGUGCCGCCAAUGCACCAGGCUCCCUUACAAUAUACAGAGGCACAGAGAAGUUUCGCCUGGACAGACUAUUCGACAGCAAUGGCAACGUAGAUAAUAUCGAGACGUUGUCAUCACGCCCGCCCACCGACUUCUGUGGCAAAGCAUCUGCAUAUUAUUUCGCAGUCGACCGAGACGUUGCCAUCAAGUAUGCCUGUUAUGCCAAACGCCGUAGCGAUAUCAGCUCGUUGGUCAUUGUCCAUGCAACAUUCAAGAAUUCUACCAUUGAGAGUCUUUCAGAAGCCGAAAUGCAGCGCGUAUAUUGGCCCAGCGAAGAGUGGAAGCGAAUCAUCUUUUGGUCGCGAAGGGGCAAAAAGCUCCCUUCUGACCUGCACAAGUAUCGACAAGCAUCGUUGAUCAUCGGAACUAUCGCAGGAAAGCCGAACACGGUCUACACCAAUCUGGACCAUCAUGAUGAGAUACCUGAGGAGUUUGUUCUCAAGAAUUCGGCAGGAAGAAACGCGGUCCAAUAUGUGUUCCUUAACGAUGAGGGCGAGGAGCUUUUGGGAAAGGCCGAGAUUAAAGUGUUUCCUCUCACCAGUGCCGAAUUCCAUCGAUACCACCGGGAGGCCCAACAAAAUCUCUAGGGAAGAGAGAUUCUAGAGUAUGAAAGGGAAGCUCACUAGGUAGUUCUAUCCUAUAGUUACGAAUUGAUCAUGGAA